GCAGCAUUGGCGGCGGUAUUUUUGCACCACCAAAUGUGCCAUGUCCACCCGGUAUGUUUCGCUGCAAUGAUGGCAGAUGCAUAACAUCGUUGUGGGUGUGCAACUACCAAAAGGACUGUGAGGGUGGCGAGGAUGAACAGCAAUCGUGUCCACCACCUGAAUGUGAGGCCGGUCAAAUUAAUUGCGGCCAAUAUGUAUUUAAUAAGACCUAUUGUAUACCACCGCAUUUCCGUUGUGAUAUGACUGAGGAUUGUGAAGAUAAAUCGGAUGAAGCACAGUGCACUUAUAGAAAAUGUCAAACGACCGAUGUUUUCUGCAAUCAACCCGGCGGUCUACCACCCUCCGAUGGCAGUCGUUUGUCCGGUCCAUGUGUGCCCACGGAAAAACGUUGUGAUGGCUAUUUGGAUUGCCGCAAUGGUCGUGAUGAGGAGGGCUGCAAGGGCACCGCCUGUCGCCUGGAUCAGUUUCGUUGUGCCAAUGGCUUAAAGUGUAUUAGUGCUUCAUUGAAGUGCAAUCACAAGGAUGACUGUGGCGAUAAUUCUGAUGAACAGGGAUGCAAUUUCCCACCGUGUCAUCAUGGCCAGUUCCGCUGUACCAAUGCCCUGUGUAUACCCUCGAAUUUCUAUUGUGAUGGUUAUCAUGAUUGUGCCGAUGAGAGUGAUGAAGCCAAUUGUACAGCGAUUGCAUGCCCCGAUAAUAAAUUCCUUUGUCCGCGAGGCGGUGUUAAUGGCACCCCCAAAUGUAUACUGAAAACACAGCUGUGUGACGGCAAGCGUGACUGUGAGGAUGGCAGUGAUGAGGAGGAGGCAUGUUCUACCUCUUCAUGUCCCGCCCUGAGUUGUGAAUAUAAAUGUGGUCCCUCGUUGACGGGUGGUGUUUGUUAUUGCCGUCCUGGACAAUCAUUGGCUGCCGAUAAUCGUACAUGUGUGGAUUUCGAUGAGUGUUCCGAAUGGGGCCACUGCGACCAGUUGUGUACAAAUACCGAAGGAUCCUAUGCCUGUUCCUGUACCCAUGGUUAUACCCUGAUAAAUAAUGCCAAAUGUAUUGCUCCUGAUGCCAACAAUUUACAAUUGAUAUUUGCCCAUGAUAGGGCUGUGGUGCGUAUGUCCUCACAUGGUGGUGAUCCACGUAUUAUUGCCAAUGCCAGUGCUGCCUCCGGUGUGGCUUAUCAUUACCAGCGUAACACCCUCUAUUGGUCAGAUACCAAGACACGUAAGGUCCAAAGUUUACCUUUAGAUGUGUUUAGCAGUGCUAUACAACCUUUGGAUUUAACACUACCCGGAACAUGGGCUCCUGUGGCCUUGGCCGUUGAUUGGGUUGGUGAUAAAAUUUAUGUGGCGGAUUUGGUGGGACAAAAAAUUGAUGUCUUCGAAUUGACCGGCAAUUGGCAUGCUGUCGUUUUGGGUUCCAAUCUCACUGGACCAGCUGAUUUGGCUUUGGAUCCCACGGCGGGUUUGAUGUUUGUUGCCGAUGGUGGCCAGGUAUUGAAGGCCCAUAUGGAUGGUACCCAUGUGAGAUCUAUUGUUUCCGAGGCAGCCUAUAAGGCCAGUGGUGUCACUGUGGAUAUCAUCUCAAAACGUGUCUUCUGGUGUGAUUCCCUAUUGGACUACAUUGAAACGGUCGACUAUGAAGGUAAUCAUCGUGUUAUGGUAUUGCGGGGUCAGCAGGUACCCAGUCCAUCACGUUUGGCAUUGUUUGAAAAUCGCAUCUUCUGGACAGAUGCCACCAAGCAGGGUAUUAUGUCUGUGGAUAAAUAUGCUGGUCCCACUUCGAUCCAGGUGACCUAUAAGGCCAAGGAUAUACGCGAACCUAAGGGUAUUGUGGCUGUACACGCUCUGAGUCAACCUAAGGCCACAAAUCCCUGCGGCACCAAUAAUGGAGGUUGUAACCACAUGUGCAUUGUCACCGCCGUCAAGGGAGCCAAUCAUUUGGGUUAUCGCUGUGCCUGUCACACAGGAUAUCAACUGCAAUCGGAUUUGAAAAAUUGUAAAAUUGUCAAGGAGUUCCUAAUGUAUUCGCAACAGCGAUUUAUCAAAGGAAAAGUUUUGGAACCAGUUAUCGAAGGAUUCAGUGAUGCCAUCCUGCCGGUUGUCUCACGUCGUGCCCGUUUUGUCGGCUUGGACUUUGAUGCUCGUGAUGAAUUUAUCUACUACUCUGAUGUCCUGCAAGAUGUUAUCUAUCGUGUCCAUCGUAAUGGCACGGGACGUGAAAUUGUCUUGGCCUCCCAGAAUGAAGGUGUGGAAGGUUUGGCCGUAGAUUGGGUGUCGAAGAAUCUUUACUACAUCGAUUCCCGCAAAGGUACCCUUAAUGUGCUCUCUACUCGCAAUGUCACCCAUCGUCGUACCUUGCUGAAAAAUCUGAAACGUCCUCGCGCCAUUGUGGUGCAUCCCAAUAAGGGUUAUAUUUUCUUCUCCGAAUGGGAUCGUCCGGCCAAUAUUACCCGUGCGAAUACUGAUGGUUCGAAUUUGCUGGUCUUUAAAAAUGUUACCCUCGGCUGGCCCAAUGGUUUGUCCAUUGAUUUCAAAGAAGAUCGUGUCUAUUGGUGUGAUGCCCUGCUUGAUCAUGUUCAACAUUCGAAAUUGGAUGGUACGGAUAUUAAAACUGUCAAUUCCCGACUGGUGCGUCAUCCCUUCUCGAUUGUGAUACACAAUGAUUGGAUGUAUAUCACAGAUUGGCGUUUAGAUGCCAUUAUCAGGUUACACAAAUUGACCGGUGAACAGGAGGAGAUGAUGGUUCGCGAACCUCAAACGAAUCGGCUGUAUGGUGUGAAAGUUUAUAGCCAUGAUGUCCAAACGGUCUCGGAUGCCCAGCCUUGUCAUUUGGAUAAUGGCAAAUGUGAGAAAAUAUGUUUUGCGGUGCCGGCAAAUGAUACUGGAGUAUUGCAGGCUAAAUGCUCAUGUCCCUAUGGUGAACGAUUGGCCGACGAUCAGGUAUCAUGUGUGGUAGAUGAAAGUGCAGAACCCCCAGUCCAGCCGUGUCCCAAUUCCUGGGAUUUCACCUGUAACAAUCAGAGGUGUAUACCCAAGUCCUGGGUAUGCGAUGGCGAUGAUGAUUGUCUGGACAACAGUGAUGAGGAGCAGAAUUGUACAAAACCCACCUGCGGCUCCAAUGAAUUCCAAUGCAAAUCCGGACGCUGUAUACCUCUGAAUUUCCGCUGUGAUCAGGAAAAUGACUGUGGCGACAAUUCCGAUGAAUUCGAAUGUGGCAACGUGACCUGUGGCACAGCACAAUUCGCCUGCGCCAAUGGCCGCUGUAUACCGAACAUGUGGAAAUGUGAUAGCGAAAAUGAUUGUGGUGAUGGUUCGGAUGAGGGUGACUUCUGUGCCGAAAAGACCUGUGCCUAUUUCCAAUUCACCUGUCCCCGAACUGGCCACUGUAUACCACAAAGUUGGGUUUGUGAUGGUGAUGAUGAUUGUUUCGAUAAACAGGAUGAGAAAGAUUGUCCUCCCAUUACAUGUUUGGCAAAUCAAUUUAAGUGUGCGGAUUUGAGGCAAUGCGUCGAGGAAUCGUAUAAAUGUGAUGGCAUUCCCGACUGUAAUGAUGGCAGUGAUGAACUGGGCUGUCCCUCAAUGGGCCCCAACCAAUGUAAUUUGGAGAAACAUUUCAGAUGUAAAAGUUCCGGUUUUUGUAUACCCAUCGCUUGGCAUUGCGAUGGUUCAAAUGAUUGUUCCGAUCAUUCAGAUGAAGAGGAUUGUGGUCAGAUAACCUGUGCUCCGAACUUCUUCAAGUGUAAUAACAGCAAUUGUGUGUUCAAAGCCUAUAUUUGUGAUGGUAAAGAUGAUUGUGGUGAUGGUUCGGAUGAGAGCUCAAUGCAUGCCUGUGUACCACCACCCUUCAAGUGUCCCCACGGUCAAUGGCAGUGUCCUGGAGUAACCAAUCGUUGUGUAAACACGACCUCAGUGUGUGAUGGUACUCCCGACUGUCCCAAUGGUGCUGAUGAAGGCGAAGGUUGUGAUUUGGCAGAAUGUGAACAUCAAUCGGGUCUCUGUUCUAAUGGUUGUCAAAAGACACCGUUGGGCGCCACUUGUGUUUGCCCACCUGGCUCGGAGAUUGGCGAAGAUAAAUACACCUGUGUUGAUACCAAUGAAUGUGAUCCACCCGGCCUGUGUUCUCAGAUGUGUACAAACACCAAAGGUUCCUACUUCUGUUCCUGUGUUGAUGGUUAUAUUUUGGAACCCGAUAAGCAUCGUUGCAAGGCAGUCAAUCACACCGCCGCCUUUUUGAUUAUUUCCAAUCGCCAUUCGAUUUUGGUGGCAGAUUUGAAGGACCAAGGCUUAGAGAGAGUACCCAUCUAUGUGGAAAAUGUUGUGGCUACUGCCUCAAAUAUGCACACAGGCACCAUAUUCUGGAGUGAUAUGAAAUUGAAAAAGAUCUCACGUUUAGAUCGUGGUUCAGAUCCUCAGGAGAUAAUUACAACGGGCUUGGAUUUGGUCGAAGGCUUGGCCUAUGAUUGGAUUGCCAAGAAUCUCUAUUGGUUGGAUAGUAAGCUGAAUACGAUUGAGGUCUCCGCAGAGAAUGGUUCAAAUCGUUUGGUUUUGGUACGCGAAAAUAUCACCCAACCUCGUGGAAUGUGCAUCGAUCCCAGCCCUGGUGCUAGAUUUAUUUUCUGGACUGAUUGGGGUGAAAAUCCACGCAUCGAACGUAUCGGUAUGGAUGGUACAAUGCGUGAAACAAUUAUCAAUACGAAAAUCUAUUGGCCGAAUGGUUUGACUUUGGAUACCGCUACGAAGAGGGUGUACUUUGCGGAUUCGAAAUUGGAUUUCAUCGAUUUCUGUUACUACAAUGGUACGGGAAGACAGCAGGUGUUGGCCGGUAGCCAUUAUUUAUUACAUCCCCAUUCGUUGUCGUUGUUCGAGGAUACGCUGUAUUGGACCGAUCGUCAAUUGAAUCGUGUCUUAUCGGCAAAUAAAUUCCGUGGCCACAAUCAAACUGUGGUGUCCCACUUGAUCAGUCAACCUUUGUCGAUACAUGUCCAUCAUCCUUCGCUGCAACCAUUGCAUCCAAAUCCUUGUGAGAAUUCGAAGUGUCAACAUUUGUGUCUGCUAAGUCCCUCGGCCAGUGAGGGCUACUCGUGUAAAUGUAAACCUGGCUAUCGUCUGCUGAGCGAAGGUCGCUGUGUGGAGGAAGAGAAUCCAUUCCUGAUGGUUGUCAAGGGUACACAAAUUGUGGAUAUUCCAUUGAAUGGUGGUGAUGCUCGAGCUGGGUCUUUGGCUCCCGUCAUUGGUAUUGAAAGUAGUACCGGCUUGGACUUUGAUCGCAAGGGUGAGACAUUGUAUUGGAUUCAGGGACGUGAAUAUGAUGAUGAAAACUGCACCAUUUUCACCACACCCUAUGGUGGCGGUAAUAAGACGCAAUUUUUGGGUUUGGAUACCGGUAUUGUUGGAGCUCCCUACACCAUUGCAUUUGACUGGUUGGGUCGUAACCUGUAUAUGGGUAAUCGUAUUGCCAGUAAUAUUGAAGCGGUUCGUGUCGAUGGAAAAAUUAAAUAUCGUACCAUUAUCCUGGCCAAUGAUGGAAAUCGUACCUCCGUGUCAAAACCCAAACAAAUUGUCCUCGAUCCCAAUGAGGGAAAACUGUUUUGGAUCGAUGAAGGUGGUUUUGGUGUACCGGUAAAAAUUGGCCGCGUUAAUAUGAAUGGUCACAGUCCGGUCGUGUUGAAGGAAGAUAUCGAUAGACCUGAGAGUAUUACCCUGGAUAUUGAUAAGAAACAGGUGUACUAUUCCACACAGUUCCCGGCCACAAUUUGUGUUAUGGACUACAAUGGUGAUGAUUUCCGUAUACUUCUCACGGAGGAAAAUGCCAUCGCGAAACCCCGCAGUUUGGGUGUCUUGGAUUCCAGGUUGUAUUUCCUCGAUCCCACCUAUGAGAAUAUUGUCAGGGUGGAUCUGCCACGUGGUGAUAACCCGAAAGUAAUUGUUGACAAUGAACCGGAACUGAAGAGCAUGAUGAUCUAUAAGAAACGUCCGAUGAUGCAGCACCCCUGCCAAACCAACAAUGGAGGUUGCGAACAUAUUUGUAUACCCGAUGAUGGUGCCUCAAAGACCUGUGCCUGUGGUAUUGGAUAUCGCAAAGAGAAUGAUAUCAAUUGUGUGGCCUAUAAGACGUUUGCUGUGGUCUCACAGCUCGAUGUUACACGUGGCUACAGUUUAUCGGAUAGUUCGGAAGCCAUGGUACCCAUUAGUGGUACCGGACAUCAUAUCCUCCAUGUGGAUGUUCUCUUCCGUGAGCAAUGGAUUUACUGGGCUGAAUAUAAUCGUGGCUAUUGGAGUGGUAUCUUCCGUACCCGGCCCAAUGGUACCGAAUUGGAGCAUAUUAUUAAAGAUGGUAUCGGCAGUAAUGGUAUACGAGGUCUGACCAUUGAUUGGGUGGCUGGAAAUUUGUAUUUCACCAAUGUUUAUCCUCAUGAGAAUUAUGUAGAGGUAUGCUGGCUGGAUGGUAGCCAUCGUAAGGUAUUGGUUAAGACCACUAAUGAUGCUCCUCGAGAAUUGGCAGUGAAUCCGAUUAAACGUCUCCUGUACUGGAUUGAUUAUGGACAAUAUCCUCGCAUUGGCAAGGCUUACUUGGAUGGCAGCAAAUGGAUACCUGUGGUGACGUCGGGUAUUUCCAAUCCUCGUGAUUUGACAGUGGAUAUGUUGACCCAUGAUGUAUAUUGGGUGGACUCCAAAUUGGAUACGAUACAAAAGAUUUCCUACUCUGGAGGAAAUAGGCAAAUUAUACGAAGGAAUUUACCCAACCCCAUGGGUAUUGCCAUCCACUUGGGAGAGGUUUACUGGGUAGAUCGUAAUCUCAUGACAGUGUUUAAGGCCUCGAAAUUGCCCGGCAACAAUACCAUGCCCACCAAGGUGAGGACCAACCUACCCAAGCUACGCGACAUUGCCAUUUACAGUAUCAACAAUCAACCACAAGAUGAAAGUAACCCCUGCAUGCGACUUGGCAAUGGUGGCUGUGACCAGUUGUGCUUCAGCUUCCCCACAGAUGCCGCCAAUCCUUCCCGCCUCAGCUAUCGUUGUGACUGUGCCACAGGAAAAUUGGCCAAUGAUGAAAGGAAAUGUGAAACCGUCAAUGAGUAUUUGGUAUUUGCCACCAGGACAGAAAUUCGUGCCGUUAAUUUGGAUCCUCGUUCGACACAGAUACCCUUCGCCCCCAUGACAAAUCUCACAAAUGUUGUGGGUUUGGACUUCGAUUACCACGAUAAUCAUAUGUUCUAUACACAAAUCCGUCCAUGGGCUAAAAUUGCCUACACCAAGGCUGAUAAGCCUAGCAUUAAUGAUGUGGAAGUCGUUCUCAGCAAGGGUAUAAAUCCGGAGGGUAUUUCGUAUGAUUGGACCCAAAAUAAAAUCUAUUGGACUGAUAGUUCUAAUAAUUCCAUAUAUGCCAUGAAUUUGGAUGGUAGUGAUUUGGUUAUGAUUGCCAGGGUGGAAAGACCUCGAGCCAUUGUUUUGGAUCCUUGUAAUGGUACCUUGUACUUUACCGAUUGGGGUAGAUUUGGCACUUCGGGUAAAAUUUUCAAGACCACAAUGGCAGGAUCGCUGAAGCGGGCCAUAGUUGAUAAGGAUCUAUCACAACCCAGUGGUUUGGCCAUCGAUUACGAUGAAAGGAAGCUGUACUGGACCGAUGCUGUGCGUGAGAAAAUUGAACGAGCCGAUUUGGAUGGUAAAAAUCGUGAACUGUUAGUUGCAGCCACAAUCUAUCCCUUCUCCAUUACCGUGUUCCGUAAUUAUAUCUACUGGACGGACUUGCAGCUGAGAGGUGUCUACAGGGCGGAGAAACAUACCGGUGCCAAUAUGAUUGAAAUGGUUAAGCGUUUGGAAGAUUCACCACGUGACAUAAGGGUCUUCAGUGCCGAGAGGCAAAAAUGUAGUGUCAAUCCUUGCUUGAUAAAUAAUGGUGGUUGUGCUCAAUCAUGUCAUCCGGCGCCCAAUGGCAAGGCUGAAUGUAAAUGUGAUGAUAAUUCCAAGGUCGUAAAUGAGGGUCGCAUGUGUGCUCCACGCAACAAUACCUGUGAGGCCAGCAAAUUCUAUUGUCAAAAUGGUAAAUGUAUAUCGCGAAUGUGGUCCUGUGAUGGUGAUGAUGAUUGCGGUGAUAAUUCCGAUGAAGAUCCCAACUACUGUGCCUAUCAUUCCUGUUCCCCCAACGAGUUCCGUUGUAAUAAUGGCCGCUGUAUUUUCAAGAGCUGGAAAUGUGAUCAUGAAAAUGAUUGUAAGGAUGGUUCCGACGAAGUGGACUGUACCUAUCCACCCUGUGUUGAUGGAGAAUUCACCUGUGGCAAUGGGCGUUGUAUACCCAUGUCUCAGGUUUGUAAUGGUGUUAAUGAUUGCAAAGAUAAUGCCACCUCGGAUGAGACCCAUGAAAGAUGUCCCACCAAUACUACCUGCCCCGCCAAUCAUUUGAAAUGUGAAAAGACCAACAUUUGUGUGGAACCCUAUUGGCUGUGUGACGGCGACAAUGAUUGCGGUGAUAACUCCGAUGAAGAUCCUCUACACUGUGGUCAGAGAACUUGUCCCGCCAACAGCUUCCGUUGUCCCAACCAUCGUUGCAUCCCAGCCACCUGGUAUUGUGAUGGUGAUGAUGAUUGUGGUGAUGGUGCCGAUGAACCACCAGAAUAUUGUAAAUCCGAGGGCAGGACAUGCUUCGGAGAUCUCUUCACCUGUGAUAAUGGCAAUUGUAUACCGAGAAUUUAUAUCUGUGAUGGUGAUAAUGAUUGUCUGGAUAACUCCGAUGAGGAUAAUCGACAUCAGUGCAAUGAGCGUAAAUGUGAUGAGGAAACCGAAUUUACUUGUGUGGAAAAUAAAUCAUGGGGUCGAGCUCAAUGUAUACCCAAGAAAUGGAUUUGUGAUGGUGAUCCAGAUUGUGUGGAUGGUGCUGAUGAAAAUGUCACGCUGCAUAAUUGCGCCACCCAGCAGCCAUGUGGAGAGGAUAUGUUUACGUGCGGCAAUGGAAGGUGUAUUAAUAAGGGUUGGGUGUGUGAUCACGACAACGAUUGCGGUGACGGUUCGGAUGAGGGUAAAUUCUGUAACUCGAAAUACAAGACCUGUUCCGAUCAAGAAUUCACCUGUCAGAACUUUAAAUGUAUACGCAAUCAGUAUCGUUGUGAUGGUGAAGAUGAUUGUGGUGAUCAUUCGGACGAAGUCGGCUGUAAGAAGGAUAAUUCAACAUGUGCAACGGGACAAUUCACCUGUGCCAAUGGUCAAUGUAUUGAUAUGUCAUUAGUGUGUAAUAAGAUUUCGGAUUGUUCCGAUGAUUCGGAUGAACCGGCACAUUGUAAUGUGGAUGAAUGUGCCAAAGUGGAGAUAAAUCAAUGUGGUCACAAAUGUGUGGAUACGCCGACGAGCUACUAUUGUGAUUGUAAUCAGGGUUAUAAACUCCUGGCCGAUGGCAAAGCUUGUGCUGAUAUCGACGAGUGUAUUGAACUGCCCGGUGCCUGUUCGCAACAUUGUUCGAAUACCCCCGGUAGUUAUUAUUGUAAAUGUGAUGAACGUUAUUAUGAACGUCAGCUUGAUGAACACACCUGCAAACGUAAAGAUAAUACCUCUGCCUGGUUGAUCUUCACCAACAAAUACUACGUCCGCAAUAUGUCUAUCGAUGGUCAUCAAUAUAAUCUGAUGCAUCAGGACCUUAUGAAUGUUGUUGCAUUAGACUUCGAUAUCAAGGAAGAGUAUAUGUAUUUCUGUGAUGUUACUGCCAAGACCAUAUUCCGUUCCAAAUAUACCGAUCCAAGUGAGAAACCCACUCGUGAAGCUGUGAUCCGCCACGAUUCACAUGGUUUGGAAGGCAUUGCCAUCGAUUGGGUUGGACGUAAACUCUAUUGGUUGGAUAGACAUUCGAAGAAUCUGGAUGUUGCCGAAUUGGAUGGUACGAAACGCAAGACCCUGCGAAGUGGUGUUGUAGAUCCCCGCGCUAUUGUUGUACAUCCGGGUAUUGGUUUCCUAUACUUCACCUCAUGGCAUUUACAGGCCUACAUUGCCAAAAUGGGUAUGGAUGGAUCGAACUUUACCCGCAUCUUGACAUGGGAAAAUGACAUUGCUUGGCCAAAUGCCUUGGCCAUUGAUUACUUUACCGAUCGUAUCUACUGGGCUGAUGCUCAUUUAGAUUAUAUUGCCUAUGCCGAUUUGGAGGGACGUCAUCGCCAUAUAGUGUUAUCAGGUGCUAAGGUUCCCCACGUCUUUGCCAUUUCCCUGUUCGAUGAUCAUUUGUAUUGGAGUGAUUGGAAUUUGAAGGCCAUUGCCAGGGCAAAUAAAUUCACCGGUGCUAACUUUACGGUACUGCGUAACACCACACAUCGUCCGUAUGAUAUCCACAUCAACCACCCGCUAAGGCAAAUCCCUUACAACAAUCCAUGUGGUACCAACAAUGGUGGUUGCUCCCAUCUCUGCUUGAUUUCCCCACCCCCAGAAUCGACAUAUCUCAACAUUGAAGGUUAUAUUGAAGAAGGUGCUCCCGGCUAUAAAUGUGCCUGUCCCAAUCAAUUCUAUUUGGCCAGGGAUAGUAAGACCUGUAUUGCUAAUUGUACCACCGGACAACAUCGUUGUGGUGGUGAUGAUGAAAAGUGUAUACCAUGGUUCUGGAAAUGUGAUGGUGAAAAGGAUUGUAAGGAUGGUUCCGAUGAGCCAACGACCUGUCCGCAGCGUCAUUGUCGUGCCGGCACCUUCCAAUGUAAGAAUACCAAUUGCACACCUUCGGCCACCAUUUGUGAUGGUAUCGACGACUGUGGAGAUGGUUCCGAUGAACAAAAUUGUGAUUUACCCUGCCCCGAUUCGGACUUCAAAUGUAAAUCUAGUGGCCGUUGUAUUUUGGAUAGUUGGCGUUGUGAUGGUGAUGCUGAUUGUAAGGAUGGUUCCGAUGAAGAUCCAGCUGUGUGCAAUAAACGUGUCUGUGAUCCCGAUACCGAAUUCAGCUGUAAAAAUGGCCGCUGUAUACCCAAAUUGUGGAUGUGUGAUUUCGAUAAUGAUUGUGGUGAUGAUUCGGAUGAACCGGCCUAUAUGUGUCGCCAACGCAACUGUACCACCGGCUGGCAAAGAUGUCCAGGACAAUCGAAUUAUCGUUGCAUACCCAAAUGGUUGUUCUGUGAUGGUAAGGAUGAUUGUCGGGACAAUAGUGAUGAACUUCCUGAGAACUGUCCAUCGUGUAAUACGGAAACUGAUUUCAAGUGUGGCAACAAUAGAUGUAUACCUAAACAAUGGAUGUGUGACUUUGCCGAUGAUUGCGGUGAUGGUUCGGAUGAAAAUGAUGCAAUUUGCAAGGGCAAAUAUCGUGAAUGUUCCGAAUCGGAAUUCCGUUGCGGUAAUGGCAAAUGCAUCUCGUCACGCUGGCAGUGUGAUCAUGAAGAUGACUGCGGUGAUAACUCGGAUGAAUUGAACUGUGAAGGCUUCCAAUGUAAGAAUGGCACCUUCCAAUGUGCCUCGGGUCAUUGUAUUGCCUCGUACUUCCGUUGUGAUGGUGACCGUGAUUGUCGUGAUAUGUCCGAUGAAAUGGGUUGCCCACCGAGAUUCCCCGGUGGCCGUUAUUGUCCUGAGUCGAGAUUCCAAUGCUCCAACAAUUUGUGUGUUUCCCCAUCGGAUCUUUGUGAUGGCACUGAUGAUUGUGGUGAUGGUUCGGAUGAAGAUCCCAAGGUGUGCUCCGAUUUCAAUUGUGAUACCCUGCGUCGCUUCCAGUGUGACAAUCAUCGUUGUGUGGCCCGUUAUCAGAUUUGUGAUGGUGUGGAUAAUUGCGGAGAUGGUUCGGAUGAGAAUAACAUGACCAUUUGUGCCUCCAAGGUUAAACCUUGUGAUCUGUAUACCCAAUAUCAAUGUGCCAAUAAGAAUUGUAUAGAUCGUGCCCAGGUUUGUGAUUACUCCGAUGAUUGUGGCGAUGCCUCCGAUGAACUGGGUUGCCAUCAUAAUCUCAGCUGUUUGGAUGACACCCGAGGUGGUUGUCAGCAUCAUUGCCACAAUUUGACAGAUGGUGGAUACAUUUGUGCCUGUUAUCCGGGUUAUAUUAUCUCGACGGAUAAUAAAAAGAAAUGUAUCGAUGUGGAUGAGUGUGCCACUAGACAACAUACCUGCUCCCAUCAAUGUCACAAUUUGAAUGGAACCUACUCCUGUUCCUGCCGUGAUGGUUUCCGUUUGGUAGAUAGCACUUCGGGUGUCUGCAAAGCCGAGAAGGAAGAUGUCGUGGUGAUAUUCUCAAAUGGUCCCGAGAUUCGAGCUUUAGAUUUACAAAAGAAGGAGGAGUUUGAUGUGAUCCUCUCGGAGAAACGUAUUGAGGCUUUGGAUUAUCAUGCCGAACAGCAGAUUGUCUUCUGGGCCGAUAGUUAUGAUAAGACCAUUAAACGUUCAUACAUGGUCAAUGCUGUGGAUGGUCAGGCAAGAAUCGGAUUUGCCCAGGAUUUGAAUAUGAAGGGAGGUUCGAAGCCGACUGCUGUUGCGGUGGAUUGGCUGGCCAAUAAUCUCUAUUGGGCUGAGGUUGAUAGAACCGGAUCCAAACCUCGUGGCCGUGUUAUGGUUGCCACCACUGAUGGCCGUUAUAGGAGAUCUAUUGUUAAUGCCGGACUAGAGGUACCCACAUCCAUUGCUGUCAAUCCCCAACUCGGACGCAUUUACUGGUCUGAUGCUGGUUCGGCACCCAAAAUCGAAGUAUCCUGGAUGGAUGGUUCAAAACGCCGUCCUAUUAUUACCGAGGCCAUUAGACAUCCAGCCGGUUUGACCAUUGAUUAUGCUCAGGAUCAUGUCAUCUAUUGGGUUGAUACCAAACUAAACACCAUCGAAUCCAUGAAACCUGAUGGUUCGGGACGCAAAACCGUGGUCAAGGGAGAUCAAUUAAGACACCCAGUUUCUUUGGACAUUUUCGAAUCAAAUAUGUAUUGGGUAACACGUGACACAGGAGAACUUCUAAAACAAGAUAAAUUCGGUCGUGGCGUUCAAGUUUCGGUACAUCGUAAUUUGGUGAACCCAUCGGGCUUGAAAAUUUAUCACGAGAAACGUUAUAACACCAGUCUGAAAGAUCCCUGCUUUGGUUCGAGCUGUUCACAUUUGUGUCUCUUGGUACCGGGUGGACAUCGUUGUGCUUGCCCUGAUAGUUCAGGAGCUUUACCAUCACAUCGCAGCACUGUUGAGGUUAUUUGUGAUGCUGCUGCUGAACGUCCCCGUCCCGCUCCACGCAUUUGCCCCUGCCAGAAUGGUGGCUUCUGUGUCGAGGAUAACAACGGAGAAUUGAUGUGUGAAUGCUUGGCCGAUUUCAAGGGUGAUCACUGCGAACAAAAUGCUGCCGGUAUGUUUGGUCAUGGUGGUGCUAAUGUCACCGCGGUUGUGGUGCCCAUUAUGGUGAUUUUAUUGGUGCUGCUGGCAGCCGGUGGUGUGUGGUUUGUCAUACGCAAGAAGCCAUUUGGAAAAUUGGCCCGCCUACCCACCUUAACCUCAUCGCAAAGUGUUACCUUCCGCCAGGGUACAAAUGUGGAAUUUAAUGCCCCCGGCUUCCCAGGACCCACAGCGCCGGUUGGUACCUCAACGGAUGUUGCCCCCUUGGAAGGCUACAAUCUACAAACGGUGAAUGCGGGUAAGACCCGUGAUUUCUCCAAUCCCAUGUACGAUGCCGUACAAUCGGGUACAACGGAUCCAAGCAUAAGCAAUGGAUCAGGAAUUUACGAAGUGCCACACGAUCCCUCCAAAACAAAACCCAUCGGUCCAUUUACGGAACCAGUAUCGGCCAUUUUAGCACCUAGCAGUAUAACGCACAAAUCCUCACCGCAACUACAAUUAAGAACACGCGAAUUAGAUCCAUCCGCCGAUAAUGGCAAAGAUACCCAAUAUUUGGUGGAAGAAGAUAAGUCUGAAUGCUGAUAUAGACCCUAACAUCAGAUAUUAGCUACGGCAACAACAAUAACACUAACAACCUGUGGAACAACUACGAUAAAAAGAACAAAUCUAAAUUUAAUUUAACACAGCG